AUGGCAGGCGAACAGACACCGUAUUUGGAUACUUUGAAGGACUGUACAGCGUAUCAAGUCAUCCAGGCCUCUUCUGGACUACAGAAGAAGAAAGGACGGAGUAUCAAGCAAAAGCAACCAGACGCCGAGCUCUCCCAGGACGAGUUGGCGGAGGAAUUGGACGAAUUCAUCUCAUAUCUCACCCAAGAGGCUUAUGAGGCCUUGCCGGAAUCAUUGAAAUCAAACUCGACCCAGCUGGAUGAGAGCCAAGUCGAGAAGCUGCAGCUGGCCAGCAUACCUGUCCCCCCAGCGUUUGCGGAAUCUCUCGUAACAUACUCUUUGGUAGAGAGCGAAGGGGAUGCAGAGGACGCGUUUCAGUCUAUAAUGAAGGCCUUCACUGAGGAGCUGAGCUCGCUCGUCACAGAAGCAAGAGAGGCCUCACUUCCACCGAAACACGGGUGGAAGUCUACUCGUUGCGAGAACUGCGAGAUAUGUCAUCGGGAUGUGCCUCUCACCUACCACCAUCUCAUACCACGGUCCACACACGACAAGGUCCUAAGACGCAAAUGGCACCCACCGGAGAUGCUCAAUGUCGUCGCGUGGCUAUGCAGACCCUGCCAUACUGCCGUCCAUAGGAGUGCCCCAAAUGAAGAUUUGGCGCGCUACUACUACAGCGUAGAGCUAUUAAUGGAGCGCGAAUCGAUACAAAGGUGGGCCCAAUACGCCAGCCGCCAGCGCUGGGGAGGCGCUUGUUCAUAG